GAUUGUUAUUGUGGUUCUUCAUUUAUCUCCAGUCCCGGCGAAUUCGCAACACUGCCAUCAUGUCCGGCGUGUUCCGUAUCGGGGUUCGGCUGGUGCAGGGAACGUCAGCGCUGGGAGCUGCUCCCAAGCCGUUCCUGACUGCCGUGCGAAACAUUUCCGGCAAAACUUUGCGCGGCUCCAAGCUGAGCAAACCAAAGCCCUUCCCGUACAUGGAAAAGGAAUACACGGCCUGGAACGCGUGUAUCGAUGUGCUGACGAAGAACACGACCAGCCGGUUCGACGAGAACACCAAGGUUGUCGUCGUUGAAGGUCCCAUCGCUGCCGGGAAAUCGGCCUUCGCCAAGGAGUUGGCCGCGGAGCUGGAGAUGAAAUACUUCCCGGAACCAACGCUGGACAACUAUUACAUCAAUCCGUACGGUUAUGAUAUGAGGCAGCUCGAUCCGAAACUUCCUCCGACAAUGCAGAGCUUCGAUACGGCAAAGUUCCUGCAGGACCCAACCCAUUUCAAUGUGGCCACUUUUCAGAUGCGUAUGCUGGUGGAACGUUUUUCGCAGUACAUCGACGCGCUGGCACAUCUUUUCAGCACCGGCGAGGGAGUCGUGCUCGAUCGAUCCGUUUACUCCGACUUCGUGUUCGCCGAGGCAAUGUUCCGCAACGGAUACCUCUCAAAGGGGGCGCGCUCCGUGUAUUACGACGUGGUGAAGAACACGUUCUGCGACCUCAUGAAGCCGCACCUUGUGAUCUAUCUGGACGUGCCAGUGAACGUGGUGAAGGAUCGCAUCAAGAAGCGAGCGCAUCCGAAUGAGGUCGGAUCGAAAGCGCUCACCGAUCAGUAUCUGAAGGAUAUGGAGUCCAUCUACAAGCAGCAGUAUCUGAAAGACAUCGGAACCCACGCCGAGCUGCUCAUUUACGAUUGGUCGGAUCACGGUGAAACCGAGGUUGUCGUCGAAGAUAUCGAGCGAAUCGAUUUCGAUCGGUUCGAUAACGACGACCCGAAGAUGCGCGACUGGGUCAUGGAGAACGAGGAGGAUUGGACCGAGGCCCGCUGCCGGUAUAUGGACAAGCCGAAUCUGAUGAACUCGUUCAAUGUGCCGCGCUUCGACGUUCCCGAGCUGACGGUGGCGCCGGACGAUUUCAAGGCGUGGUACGAUGUGUGGUUCUCGGCCCCGGGCAUGCAAUACCGGAAGGGUUACAACGCGGAGUGUGGCGACACCGGCAUCCUAACCAAGACAAAGGUGGAUCUGCGCAACACUCUGUAGAAAACAGACAACCCGUUCCGGACCCGUUCCUUGAGUCAACCGGGAAACAAACCCCAAUCCAUUAUCGAAGGUGCAGUCUAAUAAAUUAAAUUGUAAAUUACAAUAAA